AUGACAAGUAAGCGUCCCCCACAGCGCAAGGGCAAAGCAGCAGUCCCUAAACCACCUCGAGGAUCUGGCCUCAACCCUUCUGGUUUUCCUCUCGCUAAUCAACUCUACCUUCCAGCUGAGCAGCCGCACAUGCCCGCAUUCAAUUUCGACCCAUACGCACCGAGGGAUGCAGGACCAGCCGUUGUGCCAAGGAUGAUCUGCUGGGAUCCCUUGGAGAAACCUCACAGAAACCUCGAAUCGUCGGUUUGGUCAAAGAAAUCAGCAGCUCAUCCGCCUGUUCAUAUCAUUACUCGGAUCGAUCCUUUUCUUAUUAAACCCAGUGCCCUCCAGGACUUCCCGCCCUCGUUUCAAUUCAAUUCAAUUCCGGACCGCGUUACCUCUCGCCUCUCCCAAUAUGUAACAUUUGUACAAAGUUUGCAACGCAAGGGCAAAGCAGCAGUCCCUAAACCACCUCGAGGAUCUGGCCUCAACCCUUCUGGUUUUCCUCUCGCUAAUCAACUCUACCUUCCAGCUGAGCAGCCGCACAUGCCCGCAUUCAAUUUCGACCCAUACGCACCGAGGGAUGCAGAUACCCAGGACCAGCCGUUAUUCAAUAACGCUGGUCCAUCAUACUCACCGUCGAAUAACCUUGGUUUUUACUCGGGGGCAGAUGCCCAGAACCAGCCGUUCGAUGGUCCAUCGUACUCGGGGGCAUCCCAGCAGGGUCAGUCGUACGAUGGACCAUCUUACCUGGGGGGGGAUUCGGGGGAACCAGAUACGCAGAGUCAGGGUCCACCGUUCUACGACGACGACACGCAAGACCGGCACCCAGCGUUCGACGACGACGCCGGCCCACCUUAUGACUUCGGUUCGGACUUCGAUUUCGACACCAGUGGAUUUGAUGGUGGCACUGGUCCACCCGGCCCCAGUGGACACGGCCAAACCAAUCUUGACGACGUGAAUGCGGCACGGCCCACGCCGGCUUGGGUGGACCAAGCCCCGGACCAAGGCAUUGGUCUGGUAGACCGAGGUGGUGGUCUCGUGCCGUCGAACUGGAAUACAGCGCUGAUCCGGCGAGGAGAAAUCCCUCGCUCAGAGAUUGUUCACACUGGGGGCCCAGCACGAACAACGAAAAAACGAGCAUCUCGACGCUCGAUGCCCGGAACGCCAUAUAUCAUACCACAACCCCUCUCCGUCACUCAACGAAACGAAACGCGUACAGAACCUCCGCAGGUGAUACCCGCACCUCCCCCAACGACAUCUCACGUGUCUCCGAAAAUCAUCACUCUGUCGCAAGAUUCCAUCGCAGACGCUGUAAAUAAAGGGAAACAGUUGAUUAUACGGGAAAUGUUCUCAAGGAAUGCGUUGGGCCUGACCAGAAGGCAGCGCCAAAGUCUCGUGGAGCGGGCCAUCAACGAGUCCAUUCCCGCUUGUCACGAACCCAACGUGGCAUUCACAAACUUCAUAACGAAAUUACACCUUCGAAAGGUAGCGAACGCCUUCUCCUCGACGCGCGGGAAGAUGAUUUUGUUCGCGCGAGACGGCGUUUUCGUUGCGUUCGAACUCUUCCCCCCCAUACAAAAUCCUCAAGUAGCAGAUACUUUUCGUGUCGCGAGAAAUGGCCUUGUCACCGUCCACGCGAAGUUCGAAAAUCCGUUCGUCAUGGCGCUUACCAUUCGUUUCAUCUGGUCCGGGGGCCGCCAACUAUUUCUCGGCGAUGCGCCGCUCAAAGCGUUGAAGCAUGUCGUGGCGCUGAGCGGCGCUGCUACCCAUUGCGCCUUGGAGGAGCAGGGGCGGGUGAAGAUCGACGUCAUAUCCUUUGGCGAGACAUCACACGGACCCAAAUUCAAGGAGAUACUUGCCGCGUUUAAGAGCCUCAGCCCCGAGGAGAAAGCUUCCCUAAAGAUCUUUUUGCAAUACAUACUGGAUGUUGGACCUUCGCAAGCUCGAGAGGGCGAGGACUCACUAGCAUCCUCGCCUGAGUCGAGUGAUUGGUUGAUGGUCUCAGGGUUCAACAUAACCAAAACGAGCGUGGUGAAUAGCGCCAGGGUGCAACAUAACCUAAAACGAGCGUUUACGAACGCCGGCCUGAACUAACCCAAUCAAAAACGCUCACAAGCAUUUGUGAGCAGCUUUUGGAAAAAGGUGCGUUUUUAGAUGUAUGCACGAAUCAAGGGGGAACCCUGACAAAAGCGCCGUCCCAUGCUGCAACUUGAAACGGGUAUAUAUGAAAUUGGAUACGUGAUUAUAUAUACAUGAGUCAGUGUUCUGCAGAUUAGGACAGAGGCAAUCGCGUUAUCAUAGCUGGAUGUACCCACAGUACGUUGAAUCACAUCCGUCGGAUGCACUUAGUGUUCAUAGAAGGUAUCGCAAUGUAUGAUAUGGUCAAGUAGUCGC